GUCACCCCGGUCUUUGUUAUCUGGUCGUCUCCUCACCUGGCCACAGGCACGUCCUGGCUGCUGCAGCCCAGAGCAGUGUGCCAGCCGCCGCUGCCGCUGCCGCCGCCAUGGUGUCCCCGGUCACCGUGGUGAAGAGUGAGGGACCCAAGCUGGUGCCCUUCUUCAAGGCCACCUGUGUGUAUUUUGUGCUCUGGCUGCCCUCGUCCAGCCCAUCUUGGUUCAGCGCCCUCAUCAAGUGCCUGCCCAUCUUCUGCCUCUGGCUCUUCCUUCUGGCCCAUGGCCUAGGAUUCCUGCUGGCCCGCCCCAGUGCCGUCCGCAUCUUUGUGGGGCUCGUCUUCUCUGCCCUAGGUGAUGCCUUCCUCAUCUGGCAGGAGCAGGGCUACUUUGUGCACGGUCUACUGAUGUUUGCUGUGGCCCACAUGCUCUACGCCUCAGCCUUCGGCAUUCGGCCACUGGCUCUCCGGACAGGUCUGGUGAUGGCAGUGCUGGCGGGCCUGUUCUAUGGAUUCCUCUACCCGGGCCUCUCAGGUGCCUUCACCUACUUGGUGGGGGCCUACGUGGCCCUUAUCAGCUUCAUGGGCUGGCGGGCUAUGGCAGGGCUACGGUAUGGCGAGGCAGCCUGGCGCUGGACUGAGCUGGCGGCGUGCAGUGGCGCUGUGCUCUUUAUCAUCUCAGACCUGAUCAUCGCUGUCGACAAAUUCUGCUUUCCCGUGCCCUACUCGCAGGCACUCAUCAUGUCCACCUACUAUGCUGCCCAGAUGUUCAUUGCCCUGUCAGCUGUCGAGAGCCGGGAGCCGGUGGAAGACUACAGACUGAGCAAGGCCAACUGAAGGGCUAGGGUCUGGUCACCCCCUCUUUUCCUGGGACUGGGGUCCAGAACCUGGGAACCUGCAAGAGGUGCUUCAGGAUGGCUGGAGUUCCAGCCUGAGGCAGCAGGUGCCGCCUGGAAAAUGUACAAGUUUGAGGGGGUGAGCAGGAAAGGAUCUCUCUAGCAAAGCUAGUGGUCCAGGACAAUGCUCAGAGCUAAAAGGACCUGGACAAACGCUCCUUGCUGGGGCCAGAAGCAGACAUCUCCUCAACGCUGCCCCAUCGGGACUGUCAAACCCUUCUGGGGUUGUGAUGGUGCUCAGCUUCUUGACCUCCCCACCCCUUCUACUAGAUGGAAGAGUCUGGCUCCCUCCCUCCCACUCUUUCUGAUUCGUGCAGAGUUGAAGGGGAGGGAGAAAUCUGUGCCAGGGCUUGAAGCCCUCUUUGAAGGCCCCGAGUUGGGAAAAUCGGGUAGGGGUGGAGUCUCCCUUUCCCUCAUCUAUUCUUAUUACUUGAACAAUCUCAGUUUCUGUAUGAUGGGUGGAAAGGUGUCUGUCCAGGUAGGCACGAGGGGACUUCUUUGGCCUGGGAGCUCCAGGUGUCAAGGAUUCAGGUUGGUCCCAUCUCUCUCAAAGGUCAGCCCAGAGCUCAGGCCCCACAUCGUCACCCUCAGACCCCACCCCCAGGGCUAGGGUGAACCACACCAAAGGAAGGGGCCAGUCUGUGUGUUCCGUGUGUGUGCAAUCUGUCUCCCAGCCCGCGUCUCCCCCUGCCAUCUGUGUCUGUUCUGCUGUCUGUUAAAAUCCUAUAGGGAGAGGCCUCAGGGAGCUGUUGAGGGGGUGCUGAGCCUGGCUCAGAGAGCUGGGAACCCCCCUGCCCAACCCCUCCCCCACUGCGUACCUCCCUGCCACUCCUGCACUGGUAGCAAGGGUGGGGUGGCUCCAGUGACACUCUAGGGUCCUAAGACCCGAGGCACAUUCAAUGCAAGGUGAGCAAAGAUGGGACAGUUCUGUCCUUUACUGUUCAUACGAAAAAAUAAAAAUAAAAACCAAGGGCUAUUGA